AUGUCACCCCAGCACACAAAGAUAACCAUCGCCAUCGCCGGCGGCGGAAUAGCAGGCCUGUGCCUCGCAGUCGGCCUAAGUCAACACCCCCAUAUAGCCGUGCACAUCUACGAGUCCCAAUCCAGAUACCCCAGCACGGGCGCCGGGCUAGCACUGCACAAGAACGCAAUCGCCGCGAUGGACCUGAUCAGUCCCGAGCUGAAGAAGACGUAUCUCGCGCGCGCGAAUCUCAUGAGUCGAGAUGAGGGCGUUGAACUCGCUACUCAGGUUAUCCUUGCCGAGGGGCGGGAUAGCGCACGGGUUGUUGGACGGCUUGGAAGGGCGAAGGGGAGGAAGACGAUUUCGAGGGAGGAUUUGGUGAUGGAGUGGAUUGGUUUGCUUCCGUCUGGGACGGUUUCGUUUGGGAAGAAGUUGCAUAGCGCUGUCUCUUUUAAUGGGAAUGAUGGGGGUGAUGGCAAUGGUAAGCCCCAAGUCAAACUGGAGUUUACGGACGGCACAACAGCACAAGCGGACUGUCUUAUCGGCGCAGACGGAGUCAGGAGUGCAACGAGGAGAUAUCUCCUUGGGGAGGACCAUCCGGCUACGGCGCCGAAGAACCAUGAUCAGUGGUAUCUAUAUUCCCGCGCCGUUCCUAUGGAUGAAGCCCGGCAGGUCGUUAGAGAGGAGUGGACGCAGAAUGUGGCCAUUCUGUGUGGGUCAAAAGGAUAUAUGUGCUCGCUGCCAAUUGAUAAAGGGAGAGUACUUAGUUGCACGUUCCAGGCUCCAGGGGCUUUGUGUGGAGAGCCAGAAUCAUUCACUACUGGGCAGUUCGAUGGGUAUAGCGAGGAUGCGCGGGCCAUUGCUGAGCUCAUCAGCAGAGACCCACAGCAAAGCUGGAAGAUCUAUGACCACGAUCCAGCACCGAAGUACUUCCACGGUACAGUUGCGAUGAUCGGUGAUGCCGCACACGCAACGGGUCCUUUCGUCGGCAAUGGCGCCGGGCAGGCCAUUGAAGAUGCAGCCGUACUUAAUGCGCUGUUUGCUCGAUUUACCGAAGCCAGUCAAAUACCUACCGUGUUAUGUGCGUAUGAUGCUGUCCGAAGGGAGCGGUCGACGAAGGCGAUCAGCAUCAGUAGGGAUGUUGGGCGAUUAUAUGCGUAUGCCCUCGACGGGGUUGGAUCCGAUCCGGAGAAGAUGGAGGACUAUCUACGUGAAACGGGGUCGUAUCUUAAUGAUGUUGACCUCGAGGCUCAGAAUAGAGAUGCUAUUGCUUUAUUCGAGAAGUUACAGAGCCACCAUAAUCAGAUUUAA